AUGGCAAACACUGCGUCGGCGAGAUCUGCGAAAGCUCUACCAAGCACCUUUGGCGGCGUCAGCGACUUCAAGCAGCUUCGACGCCUGCUCUACACGGCUGACCAGCGGCGGUUCCACCGCACCAUCUUUUUCGCGGCCGCCGCGUCGGGCGACCUCCAGAUUCUGCACGAGCGCCUGCGCGCUGGCUCGCCACGCGUGGACACCCGCGGCAACUACGGCCGCACAGCGCUCUGGCUCGCGUGCGAGCGGGGGCACAUCGACUGCGUGCGCGCGCUCCUCGCGGCGGGAGCUUCCGUCGAGCUGGGCGAGUCGGGUAUGGACAACAAUCGGCCGCUGCACGUCGCAAUCCUCAACGGCCACGCGCUAAUUGCCUUUUUGCUGCUCGAGGCAAUGCAAGAGCUGCUCACCGCGGCGGGGGGCGGCCGCAUCGCACUCGGCUUCCCGCUCCUGCAAGGCGACAGCGAGCAGACGCUGCUGAUGACGGCUCCUCCCAACACGCGGCCUCGCCUUCUCGGAGCCUUCUCGGAACUGUCUCUCGGAGCCUUCCUGCAGGCGCCGCCCAACGCGCGGCCGGGGGAGCGGCUGCUGAUGUACGCGAGCUAG